ACAAAGGAAGCGAAACCGACACAGACGUCUCUUCGCCCCAUGUGUCGCCCCCACAGGCGAAAGUAAUGUCAGUUUUAACAACCGACACAAUCAUUUCAGAUACUUCCCGGUGCCGGUAACGUUAACUAGUCUGUGGUCCGAGUGUUCUGUGCCCCGAGAGAGAGGAUCUCUCCGCGGUGUCGACUUCCUCCAGAACCGGCAGAACCGGUAUCCCUCAGAAAGAAAAGAUGCCUCAGAAACAGAAGUCCAAGUCCUGGACGGAGUUGAAACAAAGUGGAAAUGAAAGUUUCAAGACGGGCCAGUACGGAGAGGCCACCAAUUAUUACAGCCAGGCAAUCAAAGAGCUGGAGAAGUCCAAUAAAAAGAACCCAGAGGAUUUGGGCAUUUUGUACUCAAAUCGUGCAGCCAGCUACCUGAAAGAUGGCAACUGUGCAGAAUGUGUCAAAGACUGCAAUAUGUCUCUGGAGUUGUCUCUGUUCAAUGUGAAGUCUCUGCUGCGUCGUGCUGCUGCCUACGAGGCUCUGGAGCGCUACAGGCUGGCUUACGUAGACUACAAGACCGCUCUGCAGAUCGACUGCAACAUAGCAGCUGCUCACGACGGCACCAACAGGAUGACGAAGGCGCUGACGGAGGCAGACGGUCUCUCCUGGAGGGAAAAGCUGCCCCCCAUCCCCACCGUCCCCAUGUCUGUUAAAGAGAAGCUGGCCCAGAAAGCUACAGCCAACGCUGCACCAACAAACCCAACACCCAAACAGAACGGCACCAGUCAAACCAACAAACCUGCUCCCAGUGAUAAAGACCUGAAGAAAGCUCAGGUCCUGAAGGAAGAAGGCAACGCUCUGGUGAAGAAAGGAGAGCACAAGAAGGCCAUAGAGAAGUACAGCCAGAGCCUCAAACACAACCCCAACGAGAUCACCACCUACACCAACAGGGCGCUGUGUUACCUGUCAGUGAAGCAGUACAGAGACGCUGUCAGAGACUGUGACGAGGCUCUGGUGAUUGACGGCAGCAACAUCAAGGCUCUCUACAGGAGGGCUCAGGCUCACAAGGAGCUCAAGGAAAUCAAAGCGUGCGAGGACGACCUGAACACGCUGCUCAAAGUGGAACCAAAGAACAUGGCUGCCCUGAAGCUGCUGCAGGAGGCGCAGAAGAAGAAGUGACGACACAUCAGGGAGAGUGGAGGCGGCGGUAAGGAUCUGUCACUGCGUCCAGAAGGGAGGGGAAGUUCUAAUCAAUGAUGAUCUCAUUACAAGUCAGGUGACAGAAAGAAAGAAACAAAGAGCUGAGCAGUGACACGAUUCAGCUGCCUGAAGUCAAAGACUUGACCUGCGUUUCCCAAAAGCCUCGUUCACACCAAACACAUGUCUGAGCGCUUCAUUCUGAAAGGAACAAACAUGAGAUUUGGUCUCCAGACGCUUCUGGGAAAACGCAGCUUUGGUUGACGAGGGUGUAUCAGGAAGACGCCUUUUGCCAUGUUUCUAUCCACCCGUUUUAAUGUCACUGAGUAUUUAUGGUUAUUUAUAAGAGCUGAGAUUAUUGACACGCGUCAUAGUUCUUACUGGGAAUAAGCCUUUACUGUCACCACAUAAAAGUUCAGCAGGUAAUUGGCUUCACGUGGAGCAUCCUAAAAAACGUUAAAUUGAUCAGUUACUAUAGUUGCACGCAGUCUUUAAAGUUGGAAAAAUGCUUAAUUUUUGCCAUUAUAUUUUUUUAAGGUUAGCUUUAUGCUUAAAUUUGGGAUGUUGUGUAAAACUUAAAGGCCGAGUGCAUAUCUCAGUGGCAUUAAAUGAUCUUCAAAUGACAACAACAUGGUUAAUCGCUACUAUUUGUGUGACAAUAUUUCGUCCAACAAAAGUGUUUAUUGUUGUAGUUCUGGCCGUUCAUGUUCUUCUGUUACCUGAAGGCAUCGUAACUUCUAGCAUGGAGGUUAUUCAUGCAACCUGCAACUAAAUCCUGCACCAGGGAUGGGCAACUUAAAUGCUGCAGGGGGCCACAAUGUUUCAUGUUCACUACCACAGGGCCACAUAUAGGAGCAGCACUUAACCAGAUAUGAUGAAACUGACAUUUUAAAUAUGUUUACAGUGCAGCAACUUAACAUAUUUCAUGCUGAAAUGCAUGCACGCUGCAAAAAAGGUGUCUAAAAACCAGAUAAAAACAGUAAAUCUGAGGGAAAUGAUCUUGUUGCAUGGACAGAUAAUUUACCUUGACAAGAUUUCUUAAAUUAAGAUUGUUUACAGUGCAGUAACUUAACAUAUUUCAUGCUCAAAUGCAUGUUUAACAGUAUAAAUAGGAAUACAAAAGAUAUGAAGCAAAUACAAAAUAACCACUUACUGUGAUUUCUUUUUUUUUUCAGUGCAAGAACAGCAGACCAACAUUAAUUGCAUUAAAAGAAGUAAUUUUGUGCAUUUUUUACACUGCACUUUUAAGAUUUCAUGCUCAAAUGCAUGUAGUUAUACUGAGGGCCACUUCAAGUGAGGGUGCGGCCCGUAAGUGGCCCCCGGGCCUCCUGUUGCCCAUCCCUGUCCUACACACUGAAAUGUAACUUUAAUUGACCAAACGGUGACAAUCCACGGCUCCACAUCAGAAUCUGAACAUCCAAACCAGACCAACCCACCUGUCCAAGCUUUCUCCUCUCUAAACCUUUAUUCUGUAUUUUAAUUACAAGUAAACAACCAUUUUUCACGUAAUGUUCUACACUCAGGUAGUUUACUUAUUUAUCCUAUAUUUGGUUUUCUGAGGCUUUUCAGUGUGUCUGUGUUUGAUUGAUAUCUCUUCUCCUCUUCGUCUUCUUCUUCUUCCUCUGAUUGUGGUGAAACUCUUCUUACAAGUCAGAUUGUACUUAUGACAUGAAGGUAGCAUUACUUAAUUUUUACUUAUGUCAGUUUAGACUCGACAACCUCUAAACGUCUAUAUCGGUGACGUCAUCGUCCUCAUAAUGUUUUCCUGCCUCUGUCACUCCACUAAGAGUUAUAUUCAUGUUUGUUUGAUGACUUUUAGAAACCGCUUCAGUUUGUUCUCUUUCUGUUUAAAAGACAAAUAUGUGAAACACGUGAAAUUAUCCUCAAACGGGUCAUCAUACACAAAGUACUGUCUCAUUCUGCAAUAUCAUUUUUUAUUUCUUUGUUCCAUUUCAUUGUGUUAUUAUUGGGAAACAAGUUUAAAAAAAAAAAGUCUCCUGGGUGUUCCUCCUGUAGCUUGGCAAUCUCCAUCUUGCCUCAAGUGCCUGUCUUCUUCCUCCGUCUGCUGCUUUGUGUUAGUUCUCAGCCACAAUGUUAGUUUCUGUUUUAAAAAAUAAAAUAAAUUGCACCUCAAGUUCUGAGUACCAUGGAAGCAGAGUUAUGAAAACGCAUCAUCAUCACUAUAGGAAACUGAGCUCCUUUUGUUUUAUCUCACUUCAUCACGUUUCUGCUGUUUUUUGUAAUUAGCUUUUUUUUCUUGCUUCUGUUUUAACUGCAAAUAAACUUAAAAAAAAAUGAACAGAACCAGAAUUACCAUGUCUUUUUAUGAUAUUAAAGCAACAGUUCUACAUUUGG